AUCAACAGUACGUUCUCGGAUUAAAAUAUAUGGCGCGAUGGAUCCAAGUGAUGCAUUUGUCUUUGGUUUCAACGGUUUUAAGCAAAUUAUACAGAGGACUGACAUGCGGAUCCUGAUGAUGCCUAUGAAAUUGGAUAUUUCGCUCUUAAAACGUGAAAUGAGGACCGACGCUUGCUCGCAUGAAGGAGAGCGGUCCAGUGAGUGCCAUGCUCGGGGAACUCCCCGGCCGCCUUGCGUGUAAAAACUGAUGACAAUUGUGGAGCACGAUCGCGAUCACGAGUAACUCAAAAUUACUCAAGAAAUCUUUCAGACCAGCACAUCGAUCAAUUCAGCUUAAUUUUGAAGUGGAACGCUACUAUUUUUUCUUCUUUAGGUUUCUUAAUGGGCUGCAUGAAUGGAGAGAUGGGAAAGCUCAUCGACCUUUCAGAUGACCUUGGCAACAUUGUCUCAUCUUCACCCAGAAAACUAUGUCUACAUGAAGACAAACUCUUCUUCAUAAGUGACUCUGGGGAAUGCUUUGUGAGGGAAUUUACCAACAGUACUACCCCAGAGGUCAAUAAGGUGCUGUUGGAAUCUACUUGUGGGUCUACUGCAGUUCUCCAAACUGGAGGAAGCCAAGUGACAAUAUUAGAGCAAGGGAACAAGAUCAAUGACAAGAUAUGCGACUCUCAGAAAGAGGAGCUUAAAAAUUGUACGAAUGAUGGAUGUCUGCGAGAUGCGGAUGAUGCCCUCCUCAGUUGCAAAGCCAAAGAACUGUCAACUGUGGGGUUUAUAAAUCUUUCUGCUGGAGAUUCACAUGUCCUAGCAACAUUUGGUCGAGAAAAACAACCAGGAAAGAUAAAAAGGCAUGAAGAUGGAGCAUACAUGUACAUCUUCAGUCCAUUCAGUCAGCCCAUUGGAGUACAGGAGAUAGCUUGUGGGAAGGAACAUGCUCUACUGCUGACUGCUCAGGGGCUGGUUUAUUCCUAUGGUAUGGGAAGCCGAGGACAGCUUGGUCAUGGGGACAUAGAAAGGGAAGAUGUACCUAAAUUACUUGAAGCCAUUGCAUGUGUUCCCAUGGAGACUGUUAGUGCAGGAGGAUGGCAUUCUGCUUGCAUAAGUGCCAUUGGAGAUAUGUACAUCUGGGGAUGGAACGAGUCUGGACAGCUCGGCUUGCCUCCUGACCUGGAGAGCAGCAGGACAGAAGAGGGCAGCAGUCAUGUGAUGGCAGAUCGGAUUUCUUUUCAGAUGGUCCCUGCCGUGCUUGACCUUCCUGGAGGGGUCAAUGUGUCAAAGGUCAGCUGCGGGUCAAGACAUACUGCAGCAGUCUCUUAUGACAAGCGGCUGUAUACUUGGGGGUGGGGCAAGUAUGGGCAACUUGGUCAUGGUGAUGUGCAAUCAAGGGAUUCCCCCAAGCUGGUGGAUUUCUUUCUUCAGAAUAGACUUGAUGUUUUAGAUGUGACUUGUGGCGAUUGGAGUAGUGCUGUCUAUACAUGUCCGUCCCCCGAGCCCAUGCCAAGAUGACAAAUGUAUUGCUGAGGAAUUUCCCAAUCUUUAGGAGUCACAUGGUACUACCCUGAACAUAUACCUAGGGACAUGGCCGCUCUCUCCCUUGAAAUUACUUCCAUUGGUUAGGGCCACUAUGAAUUCAAGAGGAACAGUUAAAUGCCCUUACUCUUUAUGAAUGAGUUUGGAUCACUAUAUCUGUAUGCUGUGAGGAAAAGUCCAAUGUCUGUACUAAUCUUUAGGAGGAACAUUUGAAUGGUCACAGUUGUGCAUUUGUGUUACAUUACAUAUCUAAGGAUACAUUUUUUAGCAGGUUCAAAUUCAAUUAUGUCUGCUUGGCAAUCAUUUUUGAUACAGAAAAAAGAAGAAUGAUUGUAUACAUUCUUAAAAGUUAAAACACUCUUUCCCAGAUAUUAUUUUGUUUUAUUUGUAUAUUAACCAUCACAAUAUGAAAUACAGUGCUCAUCUCUGAAAUGACAUAUAAAGCUUUCCUGUGAAGAUUUAAGCAUGUCUGGCAUCUUAUAUUUCAAACAGUCAUAACAUUCCUAGGACUUAUUACUAUCUUACGUUUCUGCUCUCAUACAAAUGAACUUAUUACAAGGGUUGGAUUACCCUUUAAUGCAAUUGAUUGACAGUAAACUUUGUAAGGGCUGUCCAAACAUUUUUUUCUUCUUUCUUUUCUCAAUUUAAAUUAAUUAAAGCUAAAGACCAGUUAUGGUCAUGCGAUUGC